AUGAGUCUUAGAGAGUUUUUGCAACCAGCUUUUAUGGUAACCGUCCAUCCCUCCCUCCCUCCCUCCCUCCAUCCAGUGAGGUUCGGUAUCAGUGCUGUUAAACGGGCAGCAGGCAGUGGAGCAAAACUUCAUGGGAAGCUACUGGAACUGUCAAGCUGGCUUUACCCCGGGUGCCUGACCAUUGAGCAGCAGCUGCAGUGCUGUGAUGUUCACAUGAUAGAAGCAGAUGUUCUUCUUCGUGGUGGCAAAGGAGGAAAUGGAGACCCUAUCAUGGCUCAUCCACCUGAAACAGACAGUGACAACACAUUGCAGGAAUGGCUAGAAGAGAUUGUCAACACAAAUAAAGGCAUCAAGCUGGAUUUUAAGAGUCUAGAAGCCGUACGGCCUUCCUUGGAGCUUCUUGAACAUGUGAAGCAGCAUUUGAAGCGACCUGUUUGGAUCAAUGCAGACAUCCUACCAGGACCUAAUGGAAGUAAUGCUGUAGUGGAUGCAAAAGGUUUCCUCGACACUGUCACUUUGUUUUUCCCAAACGUAACCUUAUCGCUGGGUUGGACAACUGGCUGGCACCCUGACAAACACAAUAAAGGCUAUGAUUGGAUGAUGGUGAAAGAAAUGGCUCAGAUAUGCAGUACACUUUCCCAGCCUGUGACUUUCCCUGUAAGAGCAACAUUAGUACGACAGUCAAUGUCUGAGCUGUGCUGGUUAAUCCAACAGUCAGAUAGGUACAGCCUCACUGUUUGGACAGGAAAGGAAGAUGUGUAUUCUGUAGAAGAUUUGCUUUACAUCCGAGAAAACUUUGAUAAAAGUAGGGUAUAUUAUGACAUUUUAGAGCCAAAAAAUUCUGAAUUCAAAAAAGCCAUAGGAGUAGAAUAG